GUGGUUGGGGAAAGCGAGCCAGAGGUAGUUGGCAAUUGUGGAGAAAUUCGUUUUACUGUUGUUGUGGCCGAGCGGUAUAGAGUUUUGUUGUCAUCAAUAAGGACUAUGGACGAGUUCGAGUCUGCAUCGUCACACAUAGCACAUUCUCCCUAGAUUAACAAAAAAACAGGACUAUAACUUAUUUUAGUCAAGUAGUUAGUAUAUUAAGGAAUUUCGCUAUGCAUUUGUAUGGUUAUUAGCAGUCGAAACAAUAUGGCCGGCUCACGACGUGACGAACAAGGUCAGUAAAAGUGAACUCAGUUUUAUUAUUACCCUUGCUUUUAAUAUUCCUAACUGUCUUUACUGUACCUUCAAAUACGAACAAAAGUCUGAAGCAUUAAUCAUUUCGUAAACUCUCUCAUUCUAUGACAAAUUCUUUCACCCUCAACACAAAAAAUCCAAACCAAAUUCCUCACGCAAUGUCUCCUCAACUGAAACAACGUACAGCGGCUAAUGACACAUAAUUGGUCACAGUUUAACGGGUUUUAUGUAAUGCGGAACUUUGCUUCACCUUAGCUUUCGGUGGAGCAAAAAGUGUAUAUAUCCACACGGCUUUUUAACACAAACACGACUAACGGAUAGUGUUCAUUUUUGGCUUGCUUCUAACAAUGAAGCUGUACAGUACCCUUCUUUUGGGUAUAGUACUUGUGUAUGCCUACGUGGUUCCAUACACGAAGGUUGAAGAGUCAUUCUCUAUCCAAGCAAUUCACGACAUCCAACAUUAUGGAGUCGAUUUAACCAAUUAUGACCAUUUUAGCUUUCCCGGUCCCGUAAAACGCUCUUUUAUCCCUAGUCUUGUUAUUGCUAUCUUGUCAUGGUUCCCGACCCAGAUCCUUACUCCAAUCAUUGCUGUACGUUUGACAAUUGGUUUUUGUAGCUGGUCUAGUUUGAAUUAUUUGGCUACUUAUGUCGAUCAACGGUAUGGCAAAAAAACGGCUUCUUACUUUUUACUUUUAUUGGCGACGCAGUUUCAUCUCGUUUACUACAUGUCAAGACCAUUAGCAAAUGUGUAUGCCUUAAUCACUACGAACAUUUCAUUUGCGCUAAUUUUGUCUCAUCGCUACUAUAAAGCUUUAGCCGUUCUCGUUGCUACGGCUGUUAUCGUGCGUUCGGAAGUUGCCUUAUUACUCGUUGUCGCAACUGGAAUGCUGUUCUUGAGUGGCCGCAUACUUUUUUGGAAAACUAUUAGGGUUUGUCUUGUUACCUUUUUGCUUGCCUUGUUCGCUACCGUUAUGGUUGACUCUUGGUUUUGGCAAGAAUGGAACUGGCCAGAAGGACAGGCUUUCGUGUUCAAUGUAAUUGCCGGAAAGUCCUCAGAUUGGGGUACUUCUCCUUGGUACACGUACUUCCUACGUAUCCCUUGGCUGCUUAUGCACCCAUUUGCGAUUCCACUUAUCGUUCUUGCGGCCAAGGUUGUUCCCGGUGCGCUCAUGCCUUUAUUGUAUUCCUUGAUUUAUGUCUCAUUCUACUCGGCUUUAAAACACAAGGAGUGGCGAUUCAUCAUCUACGUUCUUCCUUACUUGACGGUGGUCGCUGCUAUGGGUGUCACAUGGGUCCGCAACAAAGCCCAAUCUAAAUCUCGCAGAGUUAAGAAACUGAAACUGUUCCUCCUGUCUAUACGUCUAGGAUUUAUCGCAAGUGCUUGCAUGAGCCUUGGUAUGCUCUUUAUUUCAUAUCAGAACUAUCCCGGUGCUUCGGCUCUCCAACAGCUCUACGGUCUUGAGAAAACAUCAGACAACAUUUCCGUUCACAGCGAUGUCUAUAGCUGCAUGACUGGCGUGGUAAAGCUUGUCGAAAAACCCACUUGGUCAUUUGACAAGACGGAAGACCCACAGACUCUCACUAACACUGAUUUCUUUCGGCAGUUUGAAUACGUUUUAAGUGAAGAAAACGAUUUGGUCGACCUAGGAUUUACACCUGUCGCGAAAAGCAAGCCUGCUCAGCUUCCCAUCCGAAUCCCCAUUCACCUUGACAUUGUUGACCGGUUUCUUCGGGCGAUCACACCAAGACCUGUAUACGUUCAUUGUAAGACGAACAAGGUCGACGAGCUCUUGUCACAAUUUCAGGGACAACCGGUGAACAGUAUUCCUGAACUUCCUCCAUAUCACAGAAUCAUUUCACCGGGGGCAAUGGUCACGAAAGACUACAGACCAGAACGUAUUAACAUUCACAUCACCGAGAAUGGCCUCAUUAAGCAAAUUACUCACGGCUAAGAACCCACAGCUCACCAACCUUUUCUUUUGAUGCAAUGUGAUUCAUUUCUCCCAAACCCGACUUGCCUCCGCCCCUUCUUCCUUUUUUACACACACGCAAAAUGUGAUCAUUAAACUACCAGACCUAAGAAAAGAACAAAUAAUGCUUGAGGAAAUCCUUCCACCGUAGGCAUAGUCAAUGAAAGAAAAAUGUAAAUGAAGAGAACACAGAUAUAUCUCCAAUUAUAGAAAAACAAU